AUGUAAACCAGGGUAUAUGUAAACGGUCACUGCUCGGUGGCCAAUUGUGAGGCAUCACAACUCUAGCUCAGCAGUCAGCGGUGUUGUCCACUUCUUUCUAGGGAAAGCCAGCCUGCAACCAGUCUGAUCCCAAUAUUGAAAUUUUAUUGGAAUUUUCAUUGAAAGAGAAAUGGCUGGAUGCUCUGGGGAGGAAACUGAUGAAUUUCAAAGUGUCUUUGGCAGUAGUGACUUUCAGCUUACUCCAGAAUUAAGAAAAAAGGCAGAAGAAGAGCUUCAAGAGAAAGAAGAGUGGCGGGAACGAGACAUUGCAGCACUGAGAGACCUUGUUGCUGAUGAUGCUGACUUGAACUCAAGAAUGGAUGAUGAAUUUCUGCUCAGAUUUCUUCGUGCUAGGAAGUUUGACUAUGAUAGCAGCUUUCAGAUGCUGCAGCAGUACUACUGGACGCGCGCCCGCCACCAGCACCUGUUCGACCGGCUGCUGCCGUCCACCCAGGAGCGCGUGCUGCGCCACGGCCUGCAGAUGGUGCUGCCGCAGCGCGACCCCAACGGCUGCCGCGUGUUCGUCUUCCGCCCCGGCGCCUGGGAUCCGAGCGCGGUGACGAUGGACGACAUCUUUAUCUCGAACGUACUGCUUCUGGAGCACAUGGCGCGGGAGCAGGCCACUCAGGUGUGCGGCGUCGUGGCCAUCCAGGACUUCACCGGGUUCGGGUUCCACCAGAUGAAACACUUCACCACCGAGCACAUCAGGAGGAUGAUCUCUAUUCUGCAGGGAAGCUUUCCGCUUCGGUUCAAGGGCUUUCACUUUGUAUUUGAGCCGAGGGUGUUCUACUGGGCCUUUGCAGCUGUGAAGCCCUUCCUGAGCAAAAAGCUGGCCGACCGGCUGUACUUUCACGGCAGUAACCUGAAGUCGCUGCACGCGCACUUUCCGCGCGACUCGCUGCCGGCGGAGCUGGGCGGCUCGGCGCCGGGCUACGGCGGCGACGAGCUGGCGCGCCAGCUGCUCGACAGCGAACACUACUUCGCUGAGCACAACCGGUACGGGUACACGGCCGACUCUGGUGGCGUGGCGGAGCCGCCGGCCGCCUGCCGUCCGAGGUACUACCCGGGCGCCUUCUGCAUGCAGUCGGGCGAUGAGGACGACUAGACCCCCCAUCGGCACCGUGAGCGAGGGUAGGACAGGGCAGCAGGCACUGAACACUGGAUAGUAACAGGACGCCGAGAGAACAGGAGACUGGACAGGGCAGUGGAUGCACUGGAGAUGAUAUCCAGAGCUGACGGCGACUGGUGCAUGGCAGUGGCAGCGACACGCAGGCACCGUCGAUGACACGAAGAAAAUGAAGCGACUGCUGACGAUGAGAUCGUGCUUGGGUCACCUGUCGCACACUAAUGUCUGUCUGUCCCGCGCGGCCCGCCGACGCUGGAGCCAUGCCGCGAGUCCCCGUCAGUCUGCUGGCCGACCGUUCCGCCCGCCCUGUCCCAGCUCCAGUUCGGUCCGGUCCGGGACGCGCCUCGCUCGGUGAUCUGUCGAGGGGCGGUUAUAUGUAGAGGCUCCAACUUCCCGGGGGUACUGUGGACCAGCAGCGAACUGUGACCGUUAGUUCCCCGGUGAUGGAUUUGAUCGAUCGGAUGAUGUAAUGGGUACAUCGAAAUAUCAGUAAGUGGCUGCUGUUAACCGUACAAACGGCGCAUACGCUGCGCGUACAAAUGAUCGUCAUGACUUCUUACUCCGGGACCAAGUGCCAAUGUGAUACCCGAGCCCGUGUCAGUAAUUGCCCGUGUCAGAUCAGUCGGUGAAUGCUCUGUUCGCUGGAGGCAGAGACACGGAAGGCCCGCAGUGCUCAAUGUGAUGCGUUAGCUCCAGGGCCGGUGUCCCUGGAAUGUGACGUUUUAUUGUCUGGACGGGUUUCGGGCACACUUCAAUACGGGCUUAUUUACCUACUUAUCUUUAUGGGGCGUAAUGUAAUGAGAGCUGGGGACCAAUGAUGAAUAUUUUCACCCAGGGGUGAGACAUAUCAGUGAUUGUCGCAGGUCUACCCUGAUUGUUGAGCUUUGAUGAAUGUUGACGUGAUUGUAUUUAGUCUAUGAAUCUGCGUUCUUAUAACGCCGUAGGCAGCUGUGAUUUACAUAAGUGAAUGUUGUGUCUAGCACCAAACAGUUCCGCGUUAUGUCAGUAAUUUUUAUAUGUGGGCAGAAGCACUUGAAUGUUUCAGACUGCCCGCCAUAACCAAAACGGAUGGUUCGACUAUGAUAGUGUUCGUGCCCUCCCGACUGAUCGGGUUAGUGGAUAAUGUUUAUUAUAUCAGCGGAUGUGGUUUGUGCAUGCUAGUCCGGUAGUUGCUGUCAUUUGUUUAUACUGGUGUUUUGGCGUCUUGUCAUUCCGUUCCGAUAGUACCCUGUAGCAUGCCAGUUUUGCGACAUUCCUUUUUGACCUCUCUACAUGCCAGAUAAUAUCUGGGUAUAUCUGGCAGAUUCACCCAUAAACACCUACGGAGUUGGGUGGUGGACAUUCCUCGUUUAUUUCGUUGUUAGUUCCGCCUAUGGCUGAUUGACACAGUAUAGAAACAGCAGCAAUAGGUGUGUUCAAUGUUACUUGUUAGUUGCCUCUGUCCAACACUCUGAGCGCCGAACUGAGUGACUGGCGAGAGCAUAUCCGCGCGAGUCACCAGGUCACAACCGUCUGUGUUAUAUGUGCCAUCGGACAUCGAAGAUGAUAUUUGGGUGGGCAGCGGUGGUCUGUCUGACAUGUUAUGCUGUUGAUGAAAUAUAUAUUUUAUGGAGAAA